AAAAAAAAAAAAAAAAAAAAAAAAAAAAAAGUCUACGUGUUUUCAAUGGUCCUUGUCAACUUUAUACACGGAGAGCAUCUGCUGAGCUAUCUUUCAAUAAUGGAAAUGUAGAUUUUCGUGGAUGAAUUAAAUGUCAAAAUGGCGGAGUCAAGGAAAAAAAAACGAUUUAACCCUGACAAGUCAGAUGUAAGGCUUUAUGAGCGGCUCGCAAGACUACUGUCGCAUAUAAAAGACCUAUGGAACGGUCACCAAUCAUUGUUGAGAUCGCUACAAAACAAGCAGCAGCAGGAGACACCUGUUGUACAAAAUAUAGGCAGUGUGUUUGAAAAUUUUUAUAUGUUUUCAAUAUAUGACUCAUAUUUUGCUCAAUACACAACCACCUCACGAGACUUUCAACACAUUAUAACAGGGUCUUCUGAACUAUGCAUAAUCAUUAGACACUUGUUAAAGUCACCCAGGUGCAAAUGUCUGACUUUGGAAGGAAUUUUCCUCAAACCUAUUCAAAGGUUACAGAAGUAUCCACUCUUUUUCAAGGUAGACAUCGACGAUUGAGAACCAUUGUCAUAGGUGAUUAAGUUUACUUAUCCAUCGUUGCAUACAUUAAAUUAACCGCCUGUCAUUUGUUUCGGUAUUUCAAAG